GACCCCUGCCCUUUGAUGACGAACUGCACUGAUCUACCUGAGGACGAGCACCGGAAGGCUGGGCGCAACAGUCCGGGGUACAAUUGCACCGAGUGCCCUGUAGGAUAUUUGCUUAACCAGACGAUCCUCAAGUGUUUGGACAUCGACGAAUGCAGCAACACAUCAUCCUGUUACCAAACAGCAUAUGCUCGAAUACCCUGGGUAGUUACACCUGCACCUGUAAGACUGGCUAUCGGUACUCGACACAGGACGGUGGAAGCUGCAAAGAUAUUGACGAAUGCACGGAGAAUACACACGACUGUAAGCAUGACUGUGUCAACAACGCAGGCUCCUACGAAUGCCAGUGUUUUUCUGGUUUUAAGUUGGACGCGAACAAACGCACGUGCUCAAAGAUGAUAACCCAAGAUCCGUGUCAGGCAGCAAACAUCACCUGCGCGUACGCAUGCUCCAACGCCACAGGUGCUCCUGCGUGCGCGUGUCCAGCCGGCUUCGCCCCCAAAGGAGGAGCUUGUGACGACAUCAACGAAUGCAGUCUGGGCAUCUGUUCACAGACGUGCGUCAACACAAACGGUAGUUACACCUGCUCUUGUCUCCCUGGAUACCGGCUGCAUUCGGACAAGGUCACGUGUGUAGAGUGUCCGACCAACCAGUACGGCAUCAACUGUAACAUGACGUGUGAGUGUCGGGGUCGCGGCACGUGCAACAAGGUGCACGGCUGCAUGUGUCAGACCGCCUGGACAGGCCCCACAUGUACAACUGACGUUGACGAGUGCAAGGCAUUGCCCAAUGCAUGUCCCCCGGGGUGGAUCUGCACCAACACCAAUGGUUCAUACAAAUGCGACUGUCCACCCGGCUACGUGAAUAGCACGGUCAACAACACGUGCGUCGAUAUUGACGAGUGCAGCUCUUACACCAGCAACUGCCCACAGUCAUGUCAGAAUCUACCAGGGACGUUCCAAUGUACUUGCAACCCUGGCUUCAUGUACAUUAAUAACACCAACAAAUGCGAGGAUAUCGAUGAAUGUGAAACUGUAACCGAUCGCUGCGAGCAGUUCUGCUACAACUUCCCAGGCUCUGCUAACUGUGAGUGCCACAUGGGUUUUCACCUGGCAGACAACAGGAAAGGCUGUGUCAAAGACUUUGACCCAUGCGAAAAUAUGAACACAACAUCCAAUCACACUUGUGAAUAUGGGUGUGAUGUGACGUCAUCGGGCCAAGGGGAGUGCUUCUGCAUGAGAGGCUACCAGGUGGCGACAGAUGGCGUUCAGUGCGUAGAUAUCAAUGAGUGUGGCAGCAACGCCACCAACAACUGUAGUCAGACGUGUUUGAACCACCCGGGAAGUUACGAGUGCGCCUGCGAGACCGGGUACAGCCUCGCUUCUGAUGAGAGAACCUGCGAAGCGUGCGACUCCAAUCACUGGGGAGAGAACUGCAACAACACGUGCGACUGCAACCCCCUGGUUGCGAGUUCCUGUGACAAGAAGACCGGAUGUGUGUGUAGCCCCGGGUGGCUGGGUACCUGGUGCGAGAAGGACCGGGAUGAGUGCGUCGGCGACCCCUGUCCAUCCAACUCUGACUGCGUCAACACUCAGGGCUCCUACCGCUGUGUCUGCCACCCCGGGUAUUCUAACAGAGAUAACGGCAGCUUUUGUUUAGAUGUAAACGAGUGUGAUAACAACCCGUGCGAUCAAACCUGUACGAACACUGAAGGCUCCUACACCUGCAGCUGCUUGGAAGGCUUCUACAGUGAUGGAACCACCUGUGUAGACAUCAACGAGUGCCUGCAGGUUGGCAAGUGUUCCCAGGUGUGCCGCAACACAAUCGGCAGCUUCGCCUGUGAGUGUUACGACGGUUUUGUCCUCAACAUCACCAACCGCACGUGCGAUGUGAAAAUACAGUGCACCUCCACAAACUGCAGCUAUGGUUGUCGGGUGGUCAACGCCAGAGAAACCUGUUUCUGCCCACAAGGCUACCAACUGGCAGCUGAUAACUUCAACUGUGAAGACAUAAACGAAUGCCUGAACAACCCAUGUGUUAACGGCAACUGCACAAACCUGAACGGUUCUUUUUCAUGCAACUGUACUAGGGGUACCUUUCUGCUGCCGGACAAGGUUACAUGUCAAGCAUGUCCGAAAGACCGACAUGGAGAGAACUGUGCAUCCAACUGCACGUGCCUAACCAACAGUACUGAGAGCUGUGACCCAGUCUUUGGCAUUUGCAUGUGCAAGCCGGGGUGGACCGGAGACAACUGUGAGAGUGACGUGGACGAGUGUGCGGUUGUCAACUGUAACAUCACGGGCAAUAAUGCAAAAUGUCACAACACACCGGGUUCCUACAGAUGUGUGUGCACUGAAGGCUUCUUUACAUACUCCAACAGCUGCAUUCCAUGUGACGCAACUCACUACGGAAAGGAGUGCGCCAACGAAUGCGCGUGCGAAAGAGGCAACACUGUGGACUGCGAUGACGUCACUGGCAAGUGCACGUGUUCCAAGUACUGGACUGGCUCCAGCUGUUCAGAAGACAUCAAUGAGUGUAACAAGACAGACACCUGCCGAGCAGACGCAAACGAGGUGUGCCGGAAUUUUGCAGGUGGAUUUUCUUGCGACUGCCUUAGUGGCUACGCGCGACCAUCACCUGGAGACAACUGUACAGACAUCAACGAAUGUUUAUACGUCGACCUCAACACUUGUAACAGAACCAGUGAAGACUGUAACAACUAUCCCGGCGGCUUCAACUGCAGCUGUAAGGCUGGCUACUCCAUGAUUGGUCAGACAUGUACAGUCUGCUCGGCCUUCAAGUACGGGUUCGGGUGUUCUUCCAACUGCCAGUGUGACGUCAACAAUAGUCAGUCGUGCGAUCCAUUUACUGGCAGCUGUACAUGCAAGCAGGGAUGGACAGGAGCAAACUGUGACAAAGACAUUGACGAAUGCCUAAGCAAUCCGUGUGUAAAUGGCAGCUGCACAAACCUAAAUGGUUCAUUCUCGUGCAACUGCAAUCCGGGUAGUGGUCUCCUCACUGACAACGUCACAUGUGUAGCCUGCUCACCUUUCAAGUACGGACAAAACUGUGCUUUCAACUGCACCUGUGACGUCAACAACACCCAGACGUGUGAUCCGGUUACGGGUAACUGCACAUGCAAGCAGGGAUGGAACAGUACAAAUUGUAACGUCGACAUCGACGAAUGUCUGAGCAGUCCAUGUGGUAAUAGAAGCUGUACAAACCUCAAUGGUUCGUACGAGUGCAGCUGUAGUCCGGGUAGUUUCCUUCAGCCUGACAACGUCACAUGUCAAGUCUGCUCACCUUUCAAGUACGGGCGAGACUGUGCUUUCAACUGCACAUGUGACGUCACCAGCACCCAGACAUGUGAUCCGGUUACGGGUAACUGCACAUGCAAGCAGGGAUGGAACGGUGCAAAUUGUAACGUCGACAUUGACGAAUGUCUGAACAGUCCAUGUGUUAACGGCAGCUGUACAAACCUCAAUGGUUCAUACACGUGCAGCUGUAGUCCGGGUACUUUCCUCCAGCCGGACAACGUCACAUGUCAAGAAUGUCCAAGAGGCACGUUCGGCAAAGACUGCUCCUCUAACUGCACGUGUAACAUCAACAAGACUGUGAGCUGUGACCCGGUUAAUGGCAGCUGCACGUGCAAGCCGGGGUGGACCGGACCCACCUGCGACGAUGACUUCAAUGAAUGUGCAUACAAUCCUUGCACUAACAUCAGCCAGUCCUGGUGUAGCAACACAGUGGGCUCCUUCAAGUGCAUUUGCAAUGAAGGUUACAUCGACAACUCCAGCCUGUGUCUGCCUAAGACUCAGUGCACCUCCAAGAACUGUACCCAAGAAUGCGCAAUCCGCAAUGUGACAGAGGAGUGUUACUGCAAUCGUGGCUACACUCUGGCCUCAGAUGGAAUAAACUGCAUAGACACUGAUGAAUGUAUAAGCAGUCCAUGUGUAAACGGAAAUUGCACAAACCUCAGCAAUUCCUUCUCGUGCAGCUGUAGUCCAGGGAGCGCGCUUCAGCCUGAUAACGUCACGUGUCAAACCUGCUCACGUUUCAAGUACGGGCAAGACUGUGCUUUCAACUGCACCUGUGACGUCACCAACACCCAGACGUGUGAUCCGGUUACGGGUAACUGCACAUGCAAGCAUGGAUGGAACGGUACAAAUUGUAACGUCGACAUCGACGAAUGUUUGAGCAGUCCGUGUCUUAACGGCAGCUGUACAAACAUCAAUGGUUCAUACACGUGCAGCUGUAGUCCGGGUAGUUUCCUUCGACCUGACAACGUCACAUGUCAAGACAUUGAUGAAUGUCAAAGCACUCCAUGUGUAAAUGGAAAUUGCACGAACCUCAACAAUUCCUUCUCGUGCAGCUGUAGUCCAGGGAGUGUGCUUCAGCCUGAUAACGUCACAUGUCAAACCUGCUCACGUUUCAAGUACGGGAAAGACUGUGCUUUCAACUGCACAUGUGACGUCACCAACACCCAGACAUGUGAUCCGGUUACGGGUACCUGCACAUGCAGGCAGGGAUGGAACGGUACAAACUGUAACGUCGACAUUAACAAAUGUCUGAACAGUACAUGUGUUAACGGCAGCUGUACAAACCUCAAUGGUUCAUACACGUGCAGCUGUAGUCCGGGUAGUUUCCUUCAGUCUGACAACGUCACAUGUCAAGCCUGCACAAGCUUCAAGUAUGGGACAAACUGUGCAUCCAGCUGCACGUGUACAGCAAGUAGGACAGUCAGCUGUGACCCUGUCAACGGCACGUGCACGUGUAAGACAGGUUGGACAGGUGUCAACUGUGAUCUGGAUGAGGAUGAAUGUACUCUGAACGCCUGUAGUAACGUGUCCAACAGCUACUGUAACAACACAGACGGGUCUUACAGCUGCCUGUGUAAAGAUGGUUUCUACAAUUCAUCUGGCCAAUGCACUCCCUGCACAAGCUUCAAGUAUGGGACAAACUGUGCAUCCAGCUGCACGUGUACAGCAAGUAAGACACUCAGCUGUGACCCUGUCAACGGCACGUGCACGUGUAAGACAGGUUGGACAGGUGUCAACUGUGAUCUGGAUGUGGAUGAGUGUAAUCUGAACGCCUGUAGUAACGUGUCCAACAGCAACUGUAGCAACACAGACGGGUCUUACAGCUGCCUGUGUAAAGUCGGUUUCUACAAUUCUUCUGGCCAAUGCACUCAAUGUCCAAGAGGCACGUUCGGCAAAGACUGCUCCUCUAACUGCACGUGUAACAUCAACAAGUCUGUGAGCUGUGACCCGGUUAAUGGCAGCUGCACGUGCAAGCCGGGAUGGACCGGACCCACCUGCGACGAUGACUUGAAUGAAUGUGCAUACAGUCCUUGCACAAACAUCAGCCAGUCCUGGUGUAGCAACACAGUGGGCUCCUUCAAGUGCAUUUGCAAUGACGGUUACAUCGACAACUCCAGCCUGUGUCUGCCAAAGACUCAGUGCACCUCCAAGAACUGUAGCCAAGGAUGCGCAAUCCGCAAUUUGACAGAGGAGUGUUACUGUAAUCCUGGCAACACUCUGACCUCAGAUGGAAUAAACUGCAUAGACACUGAUGAAUGUCAAAGCAGUCCAUGUGGAAACGGCAAUUGCACAAACCUCAACAAUUCCUUCUCGUGCAGCUGUAAUCCGGGUAGUUUCCUUCUACCUGACAACGUCACAUGUCAAGCUUGCCCAAGCUUCAAAUAUGGGGUAAAUUGUGCGUCCAACUGUGCGUGUAAACUAAACAACACCAACAGCUGCAACCCAGUCAGCGGCACCUGCACGUGUAAGACAGGUUGGACAGGUGCGAACUGUGACACCGACAUCAACGAGUGCCAGCGGAACGCUUGUAGCAAUGUGUCCAACACCAUCUGCAGUAACACAGACGGCUCUUACACCUGUCUUUGCAAAGACGACUACGUCAACACUUCUGGCCAGUGUUUGUUGCCAGAGAGGACCUACCGUGUGACGGCAGUCUUCAUAUUUGAGGAGACAUACGAUUUGUCCAACAAUAACUCUGCCAAAUACCAAAAUUUGAAGAGGAUAAUCCAUGAUGCUCUCGUCGCCUUCUGGAAAAAUUCUACUUCAGGUUUAUUCAAAGAUUAUGUCAUCCUCCUCUUAAGCAAUGGCAGCGUCAAGGUGGAUGGUUUGCUGUAUAUGGACCCGAAUCAGCUGAAGUCUGCUGAUAACUGGGCCAGCCUGACAGACGGACAUGCUGCCAGGGCGAUAGAAGACCUGGCCAACAAAGACAGCCUGCCUGUCAACAACACUCUCGUACCCUUGAAGGAAGUUCUCUAUAACAACAAUGUAGUCAGUAAACAUCAAGAGGUCUGCGACACCUUUUACAUGAUCCGCAGCUGCAAUGAUUCCUACACAUGUGAGGCGAUAGACAACAUACCUCAGUGCAGCCCCGUGUACACUAGCAACACCUACAAGCUUGUCAUCGGUCUCAGUGUGGGCAUCCCUCUCUUCGUCAUCCUUAUCGUCGCCAUCGGAGUCAUCGUUUUCCUCUGCCUGAGGCGGCGCCGGCGGAAAGCGCACAGUAUUCCGUCAGACGCGUCGGACGACUUCCACAGCAUCUUUGCUAGCCGGUUGGCUCCCAAGGGCAGCUGGGGGGCCGCCAACCGGUUGUCGAUGUACACACCAGACAACCUCUCAAUAGCCACCAGUCAGACCAGCGGCCAGGGCAAGCUGUUGAAGAGAGUUCAGCUCCGGCGGGCCUCGGACUUUGCAGCCUCGCCCUGGUACGACAAUGUCCGUCCAGAGGGAGCAUAUGUAGAAGAAAGCGACAGAGCAGAAGCAUCCACCUUCUCUUGGGAAUACAUGUUCCAUCUCUUGGAGCCUCAUCGAGAGUUUGAGAUCCAGAGGCCUCAGGUUACAGAAACGCCGAAUCCAGCUUUUACUCCUCCUCGGCAACAUCCAGAUUCCAUGGCUUGAAAGUCCUUCUGGAUUUUAUUAAUGAAAAGUCCUGAGACUAAAAAGUGCAUUAAAACCUCUUGCCCUUCGACCAAAUCGUGCAUGGGGCGAUGAGAAUGGCACUGUCAGGCAACGUGUGCAAUGUCCUGUGUGGAUGUCAGAAGGGCAUCCAUGACCUACACGUGUACCUUCUGUGACACAGAACUAUGGCGCCUGUUCUCCUGCUGGUGGUCAAAACGUUUGAACACAUGUCGGAAUAAACUCGUUAUUAUGUAUGUUUAUUUUCGAAAUGGUUGGACUUUGUGUCUCAGCAGCAAAACAUCGACACCUACAGUUCUGACUGUCGACAGCAAGUUCGAAGCGAAGUUAAAAAAAUGUUUUUUUGUUCGUUUGUUUUUUUGGGGAAAAAAAUUAAAUCGUGUGCUGUCCUUUGGAGGAACCCAUCGCAGGACAGACUGGAUUUUUUUUUCUUUUUGUCUUAAGCAUCUCUAAACCACCACAGUUCAUUGCUAUCGCCGUCUAACUAUACCCACAAGACUCAAGUGUCAUCGAAUUCAAGUGUUAACAAGUGACAGUUCUGGACACCUCACUUCCAAAAGACCUUUUGGCAUCGUGACUGUUUCAUGUGGUUGAUGUUCCAUGUCUUCAUGCUGACAGUGCCAGUGUGUUGGGAGUUGCUUAAUUCAAGUUCUCAGCAUAUAAUUAGCCAGUGCCUUGUCAUACCUACGAUGCUAUCAAUUGAUGCUAAUAUGCAACCUGACGAUGCCUGUAACACGUGAUAUCAUGGAUGAUUGUUUGAUGAUCUGCCAAAUCAUUCCGUUGUGUUCUUGUCGUUAAACAUUUCCUGUGGUACCUUGGAAGUGGAGAGUGGGCAAGAUAGAGUGAAAGAGAGAUUACUUUUACGAUGUGUGUGUGUGGGCGCGCGUAUAUAUGGGUGUGUGCGUCCAUGAUGUAUCUAGUUUUAUACUAAUACAUAAUUAUAAUGUCAUUUAUACAACCAGCAGCAGCAUAUUUUAUUAAAAAUAACAUGUUUCUUCAACAAUAUUUGUUUAUUAUCAUGAAAUAAGGCGUCCGACAGUGAAAUGGUAAAGCAGGGUUGUAAUGGUUUUAUUGCAUAAUAAAUUGGAAAUGAGCAAUAAUACACGUUUAUUUAUUCAAGACAUUUUUUUUAAAUUUAUUUUUAGCAAACAGUUGAAAAUCUAAUUUAAAAUUUUUUUCAAAAAAUAAACAUAUGACCCUCCCUGUCAAUAAUCUCUUCUAUGCACUUUUAUCAGUAUAAACAUGAUCUUGCCUUCCAAAGAAAUAUUCCGCUAGUCCUCAAUUCACUGAAUGUUCCGAGUGAGAGGAAGAAAUCCAGGAGUGCCCUUGGGAGAAGAGACUCAGAUUGUAAGAUGGAAGCUGUGUUCGGGACCAUGUUUAUUUGUAUCUACUAUUCUGUGGCUGUUACGAUUACAAGAAGCUGUUACUGUGCCUUUAUUAUUUUAGCAGUGCUGUGGCAACAUUAAGAGGCAAUCAAUAAACCGCCUAAUCAAACUUGUGAUCCUUUUUAACAUUAUUAAUUUUACACGCUGUUCUUGUUCUUUUCAUUGUACAACGGUCAAGCUGUAAAUACACUACGUGUUCAUUAUCUCUUCAAUGAACAACUAAUAUUUUUCUUUGUUUCACUGUUCACAGCUCGCAUAUUUGUACCUGAAACAUAUGGUUAUUUAUUCUGCUCAAAAAUUGUAAAUGCAAGUGAACUUUCUUGGUGGCUGGGAUAUUUUGCAGUCUUUCAUAUGUUAUCAAAAGGUCUAUAGUCCUAUAUUACUGUAAUGUAGUUUGCCCUACAAUUUGCAUGUUCAUUCAUCGAAAGGUCUGUAGUUCGAAAUCCAGCGUAUCGCUAAAACUGUCGUCUUUCUUGUCACAUUUGUUCCGAAGCUGCUUAUUUUGAUAGAAAAGUGUUGUAACCUGGGGGUACUUUUACUGCCCAGAGGAGUUCGGAAAGACCUGGUGCCAUGGAGACAAAUUCUUCGAAAAGUGAUUUGUAGUCGGUGCUCACCUGUCCUUGCGAUGACAACCAGCAUGUGUCUCCACUCCCAGACCACAACAGUGUGUUACCUGGUUCAGAUGAUGUCUGCUUUACAAAACAGUAUUUCUUUUCGUGGAUACAAAACAUAAGGACCUGGAAGGAACAAAUGCUAAUGUGUUGCAGCAACCAACAGCAGACUUCAGUGAUGAGUGGGACGGCAUUGAGGACAGACUGUAAUGAUCAGAAAACGGAACGAAGAAAAGUAUUGAACUGCAACGCCACCUAGUGACGCACAUUCCUAUUAUCGAGUGUGUUGUUGCUUGUCGCCAUCAUCAUUAAUAGGCAUUUAGAAUGAUAUAGUUUCAAUAGCCAAUUCUUUAUAAGCGAUAAUAAAGAGAAUGACUGACAAGAAUAAGUGUUUGCUGAACAGAAAAACGAUGAUUUCAAGACGCCCAAAUAGAAUGUGACACUUUUUCCGUGACAUUUUCUGCAUGUUAAUGUGAUAAAACGUAUCAAAAUAAUCAGUGCAAUUGAUGUUUGAUGUUCAGUAAGGACGCUGAGGAGAGGUCAGGUCUUGUGCGAGAGGAGAAAUGAGGAAGAUUCUAUUAUUUUUGGAAAUAAAAAUUAUACAAUUAUAA